AUGGUAUUUGAAGUUGUCAGUAUACUAAACAGUAGCCCUACCAUGUUAAAAUUUCAUGCAUCGUCAAGUUAUUGGCGGGGCAGUGAUAAAGUGCCCGAAGAAAACGGUAAUGCCUUGGCUACUGGCGAUGACAAUACUGAAACUGCGCAGCGAGCUUCUUGGGGUCGACCUCUGGAAUUCAUAUUGGCAUGUCUGGGAUACGCUGUCGGGCUUGGAAAUGUGUGGCGAUUCCCUUAUCUAUGUUACAGGAAUGGAGGAGGUGCUUUCCUGAUACCAUUCUUUCUGAUGCUUGUUCUCCUUGGACUUCCAAUAUUUUAUCUGGAAUUGUACAUUGGUCAAUUCACGGCAUUGGGACCUCUUAAAGCUUUUAAUGCUAUCAGUCCAUUCUUCACUGGACUUGGCUACUGUACUUUAAUGAUUAUUUCGAUGAUAUCAAUAUAUUACAUGAUUAUUGUAGCAUGGACAAUUUUCUACACUUUCAUGUCUAUAGGUGGCGACUUAGGAUGGGGGUCGUGUGAAAAUGAUUAUAAUUCCUUAUAUUGUUACAGUGGUGCAUAUGACAGUGAAUGCAGAGUUAAUAACACAGGAAACUACACAGAUUUAACGUACUAUUUACAAAAAUGUAUCAGUAUUGGGGAGAUUUGUCAGCUUACGGGAUUCGAGCCAUAUGACGGUUCUAGUUGCUGGACGGGAAAUGAAACUAUCGCGUGGUAUAGAAAUGUGAAUAGGACUUUGGCCUCAGAAGAAUAUUACAACGAACGAGUCCUUGGAAGAGGAGAUGCCACUUGGGAAAACUGGGGAAGUAUACAGUGGCACUUAGUAGGAUGUCUUUUUUUCUGUUGGGUAAUAGCAUUCUUAUGUGUUAUUAAGGGAGUGCAGUCAGCAGGAAAAGUUGUGUAUUUCACGGCAUUGUUCCCGUAUGUAAUGUUGACAGCGCUUCUUAUACGGGGUGUUACAUUGGAUGGAGCCGGAGAAGGCAUCUUGUUUUAUCUAACACCGAAGUGGGAAACACUUUUAGAAGCUCGUGUCUGGGGCGACGCAGCUUCACAGAUAUUUUAUUCAUUCGGUGUUGCUUGCGGCUCUCUGGUGACUUUGGCAUCUUAUAAUAACUUCCACAAUAACUGUCACUUCGAUGCAGUGUUUGUCAGCUUAACAAACUUUAUGACUUCGAUAUACGCUGGGUUUGCAAUCUUCUCUGUUUUGGGAUUUCAAGCACAGCUCAUGGGUGUUGGAAUCAAUGAUGUAGCAGAACAAGGUCCUGGGUUAGCAUUUGUAGUCUACCCCGAAGCCCUCCUACAAAUGCCUAUACCUCGUUUAUGGUGUAUCCUAUUUUUCUUCAUGUUGUUCGUAUUGGGAUUAGGAAGUCAGUUCGCUGGCAUUGAGGCUAUAAAUACAGCCAUAGUCGAUCGCUGGCCUCAAUUUCGGAAACGUUAUUGGAUGGUAACUGCAUUCACGUGCUUCACGUGUUUUAUUCUCGGUCUUCCAAUGUGUUUCAGUGGCGGAGUAUAUCUAUUUACAUUGCUCGAUUGGAACACCGCUUCUUGGGCUAUAUUACUUAUAGGUAUAGCUGAGUGUACCGCCGUAUCUUGGUGCUAUGGUAUCAACCGAGCGAUGCGGGACUUGGCGUCUAUGGACAUGAAGUUAAAUGUGGUCAUACGAUUUUAUUGGAAAUUUGUGUGGCUGAUCAGUGUCCCAGUUGUUAGUUUAGGUAUAUUAAUAUUUUUGUUCGUCAAAUGGGAAUCACCGUCUUACGGAGACUACGAAUUUCCUCUCUUCGCUGAUCUUCUUGGCUGGGGGAUUGGUCUGUCUACACUGAUGUUUUUCCCAGUUGGAGUUUGUUGGGCUUUAUAUAAAGGAUAUAGAGGCAUGGAACUAUUUCAACCAACAGAAGUUUGGAAACCGGCAGUAAAGCUACCAGAUCAGUCGCCUGACCCUAGACAGAAUCCAAGACCGUCAGAAUAUGACAAUCUUGGUUAUAUGAUGUAA